AUUGUAGAGAGAGAGAGAGAAAGAGAUGUCUCCAGAGGGGCUGGCAGAGAAACUGAGAGAGAACUUUCAAGCCUGGUUCCUUUUUCUUCAACAUCACUCAACUAGCCUCUAUUAUUCAGUCCCAAACUGAAGUCUUAUAAUUUUCCAAGCUUUAGUUGAUCUCUUCCAUCUGAGAGAUCGAUUGAUCGCCUUCAAACAAAUUUCGUUUUUUCUUCUUUUUCUUUGAGUUGUUUUGCAUCUGUCUUUCUCUGUCGGUUCCAUGAGACCAGAGGAAAACCCAUUAGACCUCAACAACUUACCCGAAGAUUAUACCAGGGAUGGUAAACAGGUUUCCGAGGACAGCUCUUCAUCUGCUGUUGCAGGCGGCCACAGGAAAAAGAAAAACGGCGCUAAGGAGGGAAAAGAUGAGCCCGGGAAGGUCUAUGAGUGCAGGUUUUGUUCCCUCAAGUUCUGCAAAUCUCAAGCUCUUGGGGGACACAUGAACCGCCACCGCCAAGAGAGGGAGACAGAAACGCUGAACAAGGCUCGUCAACUGGUCUUCACUAACGAUUUAGCUCCUGGUCACCUAGGUUAUGUUUCAGGCGGUCAGACUAUUCCACACGGAGGUUAUCAUCAAGCAGGCAACAUGGCCGGCGACUUCAGAUCAAUGUACCCUACAAGAUUGUUUUCCACGUCUUCACCACUGAUUCCCGCACCACCACCACCGCCACCACCACAGCCUCAGGCGGCAUCAUACAUGUACGCUUCGCCACCACGUCUACUGUCUUUCGCCUCUCAGCAUCCGGCAGCACCGCCGGUGAAUGACUACUUUGUGGGGCAUGUCCUCUCUAAUUCCAAUUCGAGCUAUGGAGCAACCCAGCCAAGUGAAGGUAAUCAUUACACCUGCAUCGGGGCGCCGGUGGGGCAUGGAUUCGGGAACACCGGCGGUGGCGGCGGUGGUGUUAGAGACGUGUCGCUGCAGAAUCAAGAGGAGGGACUGAGCUGGGGCCGGAGGUAGAUGGGGACAAUAUUGAAAACAUUUGGAUCCUUUAUCGAUCAAUCAGUUUCAAGAUGGAUUCUAUUAAUUUGUUUGUGUUUUCUUUGUGUUGUUGUUUGGUGUUUUCUUGGAGAGUGAGAGUGUAAGUGUUAAAUGCUGGCAUGACACGGCGCUCUCACUGAAAGAGAAAGAUACAGAAUCCGAACAAACUGACAAAUGUGGAUUGCAAGAAGUGGAAAUCAUGGGUUUUUCAUACAGGUUUGUCUGAGCUCUCACUUUCACGUCUGGGCUUGAACCAGGGAUCUAAGGGUAUGUGGGGUGGGCUUUUCUGUUUUUCAAAAACAUUCAGAGUC